AUGCAAUUUGAUGAUUUCUAUCAAACUAUUGGAACAUUUGGUCGUUAUCAAAAAAUGAAAUAUUUCUUCAUAUGUUUAACUUAUCUUCUACCUCCAAUAAUGGUUUAUACAUGGACAUUUACAGCGGCUAUUCCAUCUUUUCGUUGUCAAAUAUCACCCGACGAUAAUUUUGAUCUUGAAAUACCUAAGCAAAUUUUAGAACGUUAUGUACCAACUGAAUCUCAAUGUCGUCAAUAUAAAAGUAAAAUUUCUUUGAAAGAAUGUCAAAGAUGUUAUCAAAAUAUCAAUAAAACUUAUCGUUAUAAUGAAAAUAAUGAACCAUUAAAAGCAUGUACUAGUUUUGUAUUUGAUCGAACAUAUUAUGAAUCAACAUUAGUUGAAGAAUGGUCUAUGGUUUGUAAUCGAUUAUCAUUUAAAACUUUAUCUCAAACAAUUUUUUUCUCUGGUUAUAUGAUUGGUUCACUUGUAUUUGGUAUUUUGUCGGAUAGAUUUGGUCGGAGACCUAUUUUAGGUAUUUCUUUUUUUAUUAUUACUUUGGCUAGUUUUCUUUGUGCAUACGGACCACAAGAAGAUCUUGGAUUUGAUAUAAGUUAUGCACUUUUUGUAUUUGGUCGAUUUUUACUUGCAUGUGCAUCUCGUGGUGUAGCACUUACUGCUUUUGUUAUUGGUGUAGAAAUUGUUGGACCAGCACAACGUGUGUUUAGUGGAAUUGUUAUUGAAUAUUUUUUUGCUUUGGGUGAAUUAAUUCUUUUAGUAUUUGCAUAUAUGUUUCGAACAUGGCGUUUAUUACAUGCAACUUUAGCUGUAUUAUCAAUACCAUUUUUAUUUUUCUAUUUUUUAAUACCUGAAAGUCCACGUUGGCUGAUUUCGAAAGGUUAUUAUGAUGAAGCAGAAAAAAUUCUUUGUCAAAUAGCAAAAACAAAUAAAACUGAAUUUGAUUCAAUAGCUUAUCAACGGUUAAAAACUGAAGAGAAGAAAAGAAAAGCUUUCAAUUCAGUAAAAGGUUAUGGAUGCAUGGCUCUCAUUCGAUCAAAAGUCAUGUUGAUCAUUGCUAUGAACAUGUCAUUUCAAUGGUUCGUACAAAAUCUUGUUUUCUAUGGUAUUUCACAAAAUACGGGUACUUGGUUACAAAAUCCAUAUAUAUCAUUUGCAGCAGGUGCUUUUGUAGAAAUUAUUGCGUAUGGUAUUGUUCAUCUUGUUCUUUAUCGAUGGGGUCGAAAGAUAACUUAUUGUUCGUUUGUAAUGGGUUUUGCAACUUCUGCACUUCUCGUUGUACCUAUUCAAAUGUUAAUGAUCAAAGGCAGUCGCGGUCAAUAUGUUCUUAUGUUUAUAGUCAAUACUAUUUUGAAAUUUUUUGCAUCUGGUUCUUAUGCUAUAAUAUAUAUUUAUGCUAAUGAAUUAUUUCCAACACAAGUACGAAAUACAGGUAUUGGUAUUUGUUCGAUGAUUGCUCGUAUGGGAGCUAUUGUUGGAACAUUAUCAACUGAUUUCUUGACUCGAGUAUGGUUAUAUUUUCCAAUUGUUGUCUUUGGUGUUGCAUCUACAAUUGCAGUUAUAUUUAUUACAAUUUGUCCUGAAACUCUUAAUAAACCAUUACCUCAAACAGUUGAUGAUGUUGAAAUUAUGGGUCUUGCUUUUCCAUUGGGAAAAUCAAAACCACUGACACGUGUAAAAGUUGAUGUUAGUGAUGAUGAUGAUGAUUCAGAUGAAAAUAUAUCAUUAAAACAACAAUCAAAACAUGAUAUUGCUUCGCUUUAA